CUAUCCGAAAGCAUUUAAUCAAUCCAACAACCACGAUGCACCCACCUGUCCGAUCAAUACAAAAAAAAAAAAAAAAACAAAAUGUUGAAAUUGUUUCGACUUUCCCAGCCCAGCCGAGUCCAAUGGCUUCCUUGACCAUCUGUAGAGCCACUCUCACUCGCUUGCCUGCUCUUCAGCUGACCACGUCUCCUUCUGCUUCUCCUUCCGUCUCCUUCAACUUCAACUGCUUCCGCUCGAGGAUUCUCCGCAUCAUCUCGCCGAAGCGGCAUCAUCACCACCGUGCUACAAUGGCUUCUUCGGCGCCAGCGCAAGAGAGAACAACUGCUCCUUACGGCUCGUGGAAGUCCCCAAUCACUGCGGAUGUUGUCUCCGGCGCUUCCAAGUACCUCGGCGGUACUGCUGUCGACGGCCAAGGACGCCUGAUCGUGCUCGAAUCACGUCCAAAUGAAGGAGGACGAGCUGUUCUUGUGAGACUAGCUGAUAAGGCCGGAGACGAAGCUGUUGACCUCACUCCGAAGGAAUUCGCGGUCAGAACGACUUGUCAGGAGUAUGGAGGUGGCGCGUUUGCGGUCUCCGGGGACACUGUCAUUUUCUCAAACUACAAGGAUCAAAGGCUUUACAAGCAGUCAAUCAAUGGCCGAGGUUCGUCGCCGUGUUCGGCCUAAGCCUAUGCUUCUAUUGUUUGUUUUCUGAUGUCCGAUUUGGGAAAUUCUGUUUGUGUGAGUAGGUGUUGCGCUGCAGAUUCUACUCCCGUGGCCAUUACACCUGACUAUGGUGGUCCUGUAAUCUCCUAUGCUGAUGGAGUCUUUGAUUAUCGGUUUAAUCGGUUUUUCACUGUGAGGGAAGAUCAACGUGAGAGUGCUACAAAUUCAACCACGACGAUUGUCGCAGUAGAUCUUAACGGAAAAGAUGUACAAGGAGCCGACAGUAGUCAUUAGUGGCAAUGACUUCUAUGCAUUUCCACGUCUCGACCCAAAAGGUGAACGCAUAGCAUGGAUUGAGUGGGGUCACCCAAACAUGCCAUGGGACAGAUCAGAGCUUUGGGUUGGAUACAUUUCUGAAAAUGGAGAGAUCCACAAACGCACUUGUGUGGCUGGUUAUGAUCCUUCACUUGUGGAGUCUCCAACGGAGCCCAAGUGGUCCCCCGGAGGGGAACUGUUCUUUGUUACUGAUAGGAAAAGUGGAUUCUGGAAUCUCUACAAAUGGAUUGAAUCUGAAAAUAGUGUGCAAGUAGUAUAUUCUCUGGAUGCUGAGUUCUCCAAACCAUUGUGGGUGUUCGGCUCCAGCUCCUAUGUACUACUUCAGAAUAAUGAGGGAAAGAACCUAAUUGCCUGCGGCUAUAGGCAGAAAGGAAGAUCUUAUUUAAGUAUUGUGGAUGAUGCUCAAAGCUCCUUAUCUGUACUUGAUAUUCCUUUCACAGACAUAGAUAACAUUACUUUGGGAAAUCACUGCUUAUAUAUUGAGGGAGCAUCUGCUGUUGAUCCAUCAUCAGUGGCUAAGAUAACUCUAGAUGCCAUUCAGUCCAAAGUGCUCGAGUUCAACAUAAUUUGGUCAUCUUCACCUGACAGUUCAAAGUACCAGUCUUACUAUAGCUUGCCGGAGUUUAUUGAAUUCCCUACAGAAGUCCCUGGACAAAGUGCAUAUGCAUACUUUUAUCCUCCAUCUAACCCAGAUUACCAAGCUAGCAAGGAUGAAAAGCCUCCUUUGUUGCUGAAAAGUCAUGGUGGACCUACAGGUGAAACACGGGGAAUACUGAACCUGAGCGUCCAUUAUUGGACUAGCAGGGGCUGGGCUUUUGUAGAUGUAAAUUAUGGUGGAAGCACCGGUUAUGGCAGAGAGUACAGGGAUCGCUUGCUGCUGAAAUGGGGAAUUGUUGAUGUCAAUGACUGUUGUAGUUGUGCAAAAUUUUUGGUGGACAGUGGCCUAGUUGAUGGGAAUCGUCUUUGCAUUACCGGUGGCUCAGCUGGGGGCUACACCACCUUAGCUGCUCUUGCUUUCAAAGACACAUUUAAAGCUGGAUCUUCCUUAUAUGGUGUGGCUGACGUAGGCCUCUUAAGAGCAGAGACUCACAAGUUUGAAUCCCACUAUAUUGAUAAUCUUGUUGGUGACGAGAAGGAUUACUAUGAGAGGUCUCCGAUCAACUUUGUCGAUCAAUUUUCCUGCCCUAUAAUCUUAUUUCAAGGCUUGGAGGAUAAGGUAGUGCCCCCUGACCAAGCUCGCAAAAUCUACGAGGCGUUGAAGAAAAAGGGUCUGCCUGUUGCCCUUGUGGAGUAUGAAGGAGAACAACAUGGCUUCCGCAAGGCGGAGAAUAUUAAGUUCACUCUGGAACAACAAAUGGUAUUCUUUGCACGUUUGGUUGGACACUUCAAUGUCGCUGAUGAGAUCACUCCAAUCAAAAUCGAGAACUUCGACUGAAAACGAAGGAAGUUUGCGAUCUGUCUCUUGGAGCUCCAGACUGAGUGUUUACAGAGCUAUAAUCUAAACAAAUGCCACUCUGGUUGGGGCGAAUCAAAGCUUUCAGGAGCGCGAGAGUAAUCGUUUCUUUGGUCAAGAAUUUUCCUUUAGUAUUCAGGAGUUUGCUUCCAUACAAUAAAAGGUCCUCUUUUCGUAAACCCUGUCCCGUUUGGAAGGAGGAUAACCCUAUUUUAUGUUUUGCUUUAAAUUCUGAAGCACUUCUGUGCUAUCUGUUCUCGUUGAAGGACUAGUUUGCAUCUGAAAGCAGCAAGAUGUCCUGAUUAGAUUAACUAAUGUGAGCUACCAGAAAGCUUUAUUGACUUCUUAGGCAAUUUGCACGGUUAUAGUUUCCUUAAAUUUCAUGGUUGGCAGGCAGUAAGCGUCAUUCGUGGCGUUACCAGACCUCGGAAUUAGUUUUCCAUUCUGGGAAGUCCUUACUUCUAGAUGUUAGACAAUGUCUUUGCUUUAGAGUUUAGACAGCCUGUUUCCUCCCCUUUUUUUGCUGACGAAAAAAUAUGGGAUUUUUUUGGUGUGGUUGUUU